AUAAUAUUAUUAUUCGUUGUAUAAUGUUUAAAAUAUAUUGUAUUACUUAAUAAUUGUUAAUUUACUUUAUUCAUUAUGUUGGAGAAUUUAUAAUGAUAUUUUUUUAAUAAUGAUUUCUUAUUAGCUGCAACCUGAGAUUCCUAGGCCAAAAUUCGUUGAGUUAAUUUACAGAUUUCAAUUCGUCAGUUUGUUAUUAUAAUUAUAGUGUUACACAGAUCGUUGUUAGUUUAAAUCUCUGAAACUGUGUAUUUAGAUUUCAGGAUUGUUUGUUUUGCGUGUUAUCAUAUUCAACCAAUUAUGUACAUUUUAAUUUAUUUUAAUAGGUAGCGAGAUUCCACUUUAUUAGUUACCAAUAGGUAAACAGAGUACAUUGAGUACAACAUUAUUUCAAUAACUUAACUAUGGAUGAUUUUUUGCGAAUGGUGACUUCAGAUUUUGAACAUAUAGCAUCUAGUACUGGGUUUCGAUUCAAUCAAUAUAGUGGAUCGGUAGACUGGGAAUAUUUAGAAGAAUUUGUCAUUAAUGAUAUAGUUGAUAAAGCCGAUGUAAAGAGUUUGUCAAUGCUUGUAGCCAGUGUUCUUGGUUACAAUAUUGAGAAAAUGAGUGUGUCAAAAAAAAUAUUUCGUCUUUCACAAUUGAUAAUAGACUUUUUGUUGCAUUACAAAAAACAUUCGACUUUUAAGUUCAAUGACAAAGUAGAUUCAAUGGCACUUUGUGAGUUGUGUGGAAAGAUGUUCAUGGAUAUUUCUUAUUUGAAAUAUCAUUGUUUCCGUCGACAUAAACUCAACUCAUGCACUUUUACAAGUUCGCCCGAAAAUGAAGAUGUUGAUAAUUUAAAAUUAGAAAUCCUUCAACUUCAAACUCAAUUGAAAGAAAUUACAUCAACUUUUGAGAAUAAAUUAAAAAAUACUAAAAUGUACAUUGAUGAACAUGAUCUAAAUAACUGUAGUUCUGUUCAUAAAAAUAAAUUAUCAUAUCAUUUAAUACCUCAACCAGGUGAUAACCCUAUGCAGAUACAAGAAAUGUAUUGGAAACAAAAAUAUGAAAGUUUAGAAGAAAAUUAUAAUAGUCUUAAAAAUGAAUAUGAAAAAUGUCAAAAUUCUACUAAAUCUAAAAUUAAUCAUAAAUAUCAACAGUGUGAUUUUUAUAAGUCUGAAAAAUCCUCAAAAUAUACACAGACAAAUAUUUUAAUUGAAAAUUCAACACCAGUGAGUUCUCCAGAACGACCACCUUGGACAAUUGACGCUAUACCUAUGAAUGAUUCAGACAAAGAUUUUUAUGAGUUAAAGAAACUAAGACUGGAAGCGCGUAUGAAUAUUGAUGAUAACAAUAUUUGUGAAAAUUUAUCAGAGCCUUUAUUGUCUUCUGACUUUGUUGACAGUAUAAAAAUUGUAUUGGUACUUGGUCAGACUCGAGUAAAUGAAUUAUUUAAAAAUGCCUCUUUAAUGGAUUUAGUAAAAUUUGAAAUUAAAGAUUUAGUUAAUAGAAAGUUAGAAGAGUAUUAUAGGUUUAUGGAUGGGAUAGAUGAGAGUGUAGAGCAAGAUAAUUGUUCACAUGAAAUGUUUGAAAAUCAAGAGUCUUCUGAAGCUUCCAUUUGUGAAGACAAUAAAAAAGAACACCAUAGUUUUCUUGAAGUUGAUAUUAAUACAACUUCAGUUAAAAAGAAUAAGACAGUUAUGUCAAAAUUAAAAAAGAAAGCAUUGCGCCUAAGCAGUAUAUUUUCUCCAAGUACAAAAACUAAAAUAAUAGAAGUACAACCAUCCACUAAACAAGACCCUGAAAUUUCUCAGUCAAAUGAACAAUUUAAUAAUGAUAAUGGUAAUGCAUUACUUACUUAAUAAUAUGUAUACAUUAUUAUCAUAAUUUAAAAAAAUAAUAUAAUCAU